GAUUAUAAAGUAGUGAAGAAAGUAUCUGGUGAGACAUUUACACCCAACAGCAGUUAUUACAAGACAUCACCCAUCACAGAGCCUCCACCUCACCGCCUGAAAACAGAGGUGAACAGAGCCAAGAAGGUUCUAGAAGUCACCCAGAAGAUCAUUGAUCUGCUGACAGGAGAGGUUCCUAUAAGGUGUCAGGAUGUCUCUGUCUAUCUCUCCAUGGAGGAGUGGGAGUAUCUAGAAGGACACCGGGAUCUCUACAAGGACAGUUCAAUGAAUCCCACUAAUCCCAAGAAAUCUUCAGUAAGCCAUGGAGCAUCACAUUCAUUCUCGUGUUUGGUGUGCGGGAAAUCUUUCAAGGAAAACAAAAACCUUCUAAGACAUCAGAAAAUUCACACAGGCGAGCGUCCUUUUUCAUGUUUAGAAUGCGGGAAAUGUUUUAUUCAAAAGACACACCUUAUUACACACCAGAGAAGUCACACAGGUGAACGUCCCUAUUCAUGUUCAGUGUGUGGGAAAGGUUUCUUUGAGAAAACAGUACUUCGUAGGCACCAAACUAUUCACACUGGUGAUCAUCCAUUUGCAUGUUCAUAUUGCGGUAAAUGCUUCAAACUAAAAGGAAAUCUUAUCAAACACCAGAGAAUCCACACUGGCGAGCGUCCUUAUCCAUGUUCAGAGUGUGGGAAAGGUUUCUCUGCGAAACAAGACUUGGUUAGACAUGAGAGGAUUCACACUGGUGAACGUCCUUUUUCCUGUUCAGUGUGUGGGAAAAGUUUCACUACAAAUGAACACCUUCGUAGACACCAGAGAAGUCACACAGGCGAGCGUCCUUUUUCAUGUUCAGAGUGCGGGAAACGUUUCUUUACUAAAAUACAUCUUCGGACACACCAGAGAAUUCACACAGUUGUGAAAGAUUUUAUUUCAAUUAAAUAUAAUUUUAUCGUUUUUGUACAUGACAGUGAAAUUACUCUCACGGGUGACAUUGACCUACACGUGGACAACGGACAAUACUACCACCAUGCGGAUUAUAACGUUGUGAAGAAAGUAUCUGAUGAGCCAUUAACACCCAACAGAUGUCUUCAUGAAGUAUCACCCAUCACAGAGCCUCCACCUCACCGCCUGACAACAGAGACAAACAGUGGUAAGAAGGUUCUAGAGGUCCCCGCCCCCUGUAUUCCCGGGAUCCCACACAGGAAGAUCAGACUAUGCCUCGCAUUGAUCAGGUAG